UUUAUAGGUUGGCAGAAUAAACUCAUGAAUAAACUAGAAAUCAGAUUACUACCUAGUUAUUACUAUUAGUUAUUACUUACCUAGAAAUUGUCAAGUCAGUCAAAUACCUAUUAUUUGGUUUGGAUCAAACUUUGGAUUGGAUUGGGAUUUGGAAACUGAGUUUGUUUUGUGUUGUAAUUUUUUUCUAUUUUAUACUAGUUUUCACUGUAAAAAAAUGACUGCAACACCCACUCCUGAAACACCAGAAAACUUUGAUCAAUUUGAUGAGGAAGAAUCAGAACAGCAACUGGGUGCCACCGCAUCCGGUAGAAAGAGACUAUUCAGCAAAGAACUUCGUUGCAUGAUGUAUGGCUUUGGGGAUGACCAGAAUCCUUAUACAGAGAGUGUCGAUUUCUUGGAAGACCUGGUUAUGGAAUUCAUCACAGAAACUACCCACAGAGCAAUGGAAGUAGGAAGAACAGGCAGGGUACAGGUAGAAGACAUAAUAUUUUUAGUUCGCAAAGAUCAACGGAAAUAUGCCCGUGUGAAAGACUUGUUGACAAUGAAUGAAGAACUUAAAAAGGCUCGAAAAGCCUUUGAUGAAGUUAAAUAUGUUGAAGAUCAACAAUAACAUUGGCAGCCAAUCAAGUGAUGCCAUGCUUCUAAGACUGAUGCAAAAUGAAGCUAGGAGUCUUCAAUGAGGAGAUACAGUGAAUAUUGAAAAAUCCCAAACUUGGACAGUGAGAAAUGUCUGUCCGUGGUGUUUGAUGCUUUCCAAAAAUAAUUUUAAUAAAUAGGUUUAAUACAA